UUUGUAUUGAUCAUUUGCGGUUUGCUUGUAUGCUCUAGAGUUGUGUUUUUUGUAUGAUUAAUUUGUAUGAGAAAAUUGAUGUUAAACUUUUAUUUUGAAAGUAACUUGUUAUUGUAAAUUUUUUACUAGAAAAACCCACGGGUACCCAUGAACUCGCGGAUAUCCAGCGGGUUGGGUUGGGUUUGAGUUUUUCAAACCCAAUGGGUUUUAUUCCGAAUUUUUUUGGCGGAUAAACCUAUGGGUUUGGGUUUGACAAAACCCGCCCCAACCCGACCCAUUGCCAUCCUAGUUUUACUUUUAAGACUAAAAAAGUUAGGGAGGAGUAGGUGGGGGUGCCGAUUCGUUCCAAGGAAAAAGGACCGCCAGCCCGACGGAGUUUCCCAUACUCUCCCCAUUUCCUUUCUCCCUCUCAAAUAAACCUCAACAAUAUUCGGGUCGCUUUCUUCACCUCCCUACCAAAUAUCUGCUUCUCUGCUUCUGCCGCGGUCUCCCCAGGUUCGUCUCCAAUCAAUUUCUCAAUCUCUUUCUCCCAUGUUUCCUUUCUCGGGAUUUGAACUUGUUUCUUCGUCUCUCGACGAAUUUCUCUGGUGCUUUUGGAUCUGAUUUCGUCUUCUGCUGUGGUCACGUCGUUCUUGCCUGUUGAUUCUUUGCUGCUUCGCGUUCUUGUUUUUGCUACCUGGAAUCGUUGUAUGUGUUUGUGACGGUGUCAGAAGCUGCUGUUGCCAAGUUGAAUCUGGAUGUAACUUGUUAAAACUGAAAAUGCUGUGGACGUUUGUUGAUGAUUUUGGCUCAGCAAUCUUGAGCCGAUGAGUUAUUUCUGUCUCUCUCUGUUUGGUUUUAUGGUUUGGCAAAUUGUGAAUGUAGUGGAAUCUGAAGAAACGUGAGCUUCUCUCAAUCUUUCCUAGUUAUGACUUGGGAAGAAUGUCUUUGAGCUCGUUAAUGAUUCAUCUUCUGAAAUACUGUCGAUGGAUUGCUCUAUUGCUCGUAGACCGCCUGAACAUGCACCGUGUUUAAUGAAUUGUUGUAUUUGGUAAUGUGGAAUUAGGAUGACAAGUUGUUCAAUUCAGCCUAUUUUUGAAGUUGCUUGGACUUGUCAGGCUUCCAGUAUUUAUUGCAUCUAAUUCUCUUCGUGAUCCGUCACAAUUCUGCUCGCUGUUUGUUUGAAUCAAGCAUCUUUCUUUAUGCCUCUUUAGCAAUAUCCUUUUAUUUUGACCCUUGCUUACCAUAGGGCUUGUUAUUGAUUCUCAAUGACUUCCCUGUUCGUCAAGUUUAAUUGUACUGAAUUGCGAAGCUUUUGCUUUCCAAUAUGUCUGGUGUAGAGGAUGUGAAAGCCUAUGGCUCCAUUCCUUUGUCGUGUAAUCUUAUUCGAUGAUGCAGCUAGCUAGAGCAUAGGCUUUGGAAUCGGUUGCAUUUUGACUGUCCUUUCACUAGAUGAUAUGAAUGCUUCCUUGGAUGGCAUGAAUCAUUUGAAGUUCCUCAUGAGAUAGUAUAAAUCUUAGAUUAUCUUGUAUGUAGUGUGUCAGUGUUAUUUACAUGGCCAUGUUCUGGAAGUUGUUAGUUUCUAAUCACACUGAUGAUUGCAGGUCAAUUUUAUUUAGAGAUCGAGAUAGUUCACUUGCAUAGUAUGGUUCAGUCAAGAUUUGCAAUGUAUAUGUAGAAUUUGAUAGAUAAAACUAUUUCUUGAAGCAUGAUGAUUUGUUUUGUUAACAUCUUUCUCAUGAUCUCUGUCCCUUAGUUUAAUCCUACCUGUUUAUUGUUCAUGCUCAACUAUAUUACCUAGUCUAUAUUGUUCCUUACCUAGAAUAGAGUUCUCCGCCCAAGGACCAUCAACUUUAAAUUGUAUUUUCUGAAACUUGCAUUUUACUUCUGCAUUGGCUAUUUGCAUGUCAUAGAAUUGGAACUAUUAUGUAAUUUUACCUCCUUUUAUGUAUAUCCUCUGAAACUCAGAAACAUAGAUGUUUUAAAUGUGAUUAUUUGUUACUAGUCUUUGCAUGUUUGAAACGGUAUCCAUUGUGGUCACAUUCUUUUAUCUCACUUUCAUAAGGGGAAAUUCAUCAUAUUUGACUAACUUUUUUACUUCUCUACUGGCUUUUUUACUUCUCUUUACUGGUAAGUUAUAUCUUAAUAGUUAUGAUGGAAGAUAGAAUUCCUGCAGUACUUCUUCCAAUUAUUUGCUAUAAUGUUAUUUAUCUUGUGGCUUAGCUGUUUUUACUACUCAGUAGUAGUGUCAAAGAGAUUUCUCAUGGUUUACUUAUUAUUACAGUUAAAAGAUGGCAGCUACAUCAGCUACAUCAGCUACUUCCUUUUCUAUUGGAUCGAAAAUCUCUUUUGGUCCUAAAGCGAGCCAGCUCCUGCUGCCAAAACCAUCUGUUGUUAGAUUCAACUCUCAGAAGCCACUUGCAACCUUCAGCGGUCUGAAGGCAACAGGCUCUAUGAACUGUGAGUCAGAGUCUUCAUUCUUGGGCAAGGAAAGCUAUGCUGCGUUGCAGAAUUCUUCAUCACCAAGAAGUGUCAAGUCAACUGGAAGGACGCAGUAUCACCUCAAUCCCCAGGCAUCUUACAAAGUGGCUAUUCUUGGAGCAGCUGGAGGGAUUGGCCAGCCUCUGGCAUUGCUGGUCAAGAUGUCUCCAUUGGUUUCUUCCCUCAACCUCUAUGAUAUUGCAAAUGUGAAGGGUGUUGCAGCUGAUCUAAGUCACUGCAACACGCCUGCCCAAGUCUCAGAUUUCACUGGGCCGUCUGAACUUGCUGAUUGCUUGAAGGGUGUGAACGUCGUUGUCAUUCCAGCUGGAGUCCCAAGAAAGCCCGGGAUGACCCGUGAUGAUCUAUUUAAUAUCAAUGCUAGCAUUGUAAAGACCUUAGUUGAAGCUGUUGCUGAUAACUGCCCUGAAGCCUUCAUCCAUGUCAUCAGCAACCCAGUGAACUCUACGGUACCAAUUGCAGCCGAGGUUUUGAAGCAGAAGGGUGUUUAUGAUCCAAAGAAGCUGUUUGGUGUUACUACUCUCGAUGUUGUGAGGGCAAAUACGUUUGUCGCUCAGAAGAAGAACCUAAGACUCAUUGAUGUAGAUGUCCCAGUUAUUGGAGGCCAUGCUGGGAUUACUAUCCUUCCACUUCUGUCAAAGACAAAACCCUCGGUCUGUUUCACUGACGAGGAGAUCCAUGAGCUGACUGUGAGGAUUCAGAAUGCUGGAACUGAAGUAGUUGAGGCAAAGGCAGGUGCUGGCUCUGCUACUCUGUCGAUGGCAUAUGCUGCAGCAAGAUUUGUGGAGUCUUCUCUUCGCGCACUUGAUGGAGAUGGUGAUGUGUAUGAGUGUGCAUAUGUGCAGUCUGAUGUUGCUGAUCUGCCAUUCUUUGCAUCGAGAAUCAAGUUAGGAAAGAAAGGUGUUGAAGCUCUCAUUUCAUCGGACCUCCAGGGUCUUACCGAGUAUGAGCAGAAGGCAGUUGAAGCGCUGAAGGCUGAAUUGAAGUCCAGCAUUGAGAAGGGUGUUGGUUUUGCCCAGAAGCAGUCCGUAGCUGCUGCCUAGGGCGAGUCUCAAGUGUUGGAUAAAAUCUCUAACCAAAAAAUGUAACCAUCUCCCCAGUUUUUAACCAAAGGUUCUUUACCUGGAAGUUGAGAAAUUUUCCUUUUAUUGUUAUCGCAUAAGGUGCUUUUGAGUUUUGUAGAAGAAGUUGCCAAAAUUUCAUUUCUCUGGUCUUGGAAGGAUAUUUUUUUGAAGAAAAUGUGCGAGUGGGUGGGAUACAUUAGUGUUGUAGUAGGUCCAGCCAGCGCUCUAGAGAAACAGCAGUGACCAUUGUGAUUGGUAAUAAAUAUGCAAAAGCAUG